GGGUUUUGAUCAACACUUUCCAUCAUGGCUGCCGUAGACGUGGAAGAUGAGAGUAUCCUGGCCUCGAUCUUCAAAGACAGCUUUCCUGAGAACUGGAGCGAGAACCCGGACUUCGCGGCGUAUUUGUCGCAGCUGAGCUCGUGCGGUGUGGAUGAGUUGAACCGGGAGCCGGAGCGUCUGGCGGAGCAGCGGGCGCAGAUCCUGCAGCAGACCCGAGAACUGGCCUUCACCAACUACAAGACGUUCAUCAGGACCGCGGACUGCACGCAGCACAUCUACACUGACUUCAGCACGGUGGAGAACUGCCUCUCUAAACUACUGCACAAACUCCCCAGCUUCACUGAGAGAUGCGGAGGUUUUAUUAAGGAGGCAGAGGAGAUCAGCGUCAGCAGGCGUAUGAACAGCCUGACACUGAAUCGACACACUGAGAUCUUGGAGAUUCUGGAGAUCCCUCAGCUGAUGGACACGUCUGUGCGUAACGGAUACUAUGAGGAGGCGCUGGAGCUGGCUGCUUAUGUGAAGAGACUGGAGAAAAAACAUUCAUCACUUCCUGUCAUUCAGGGAAUUGUGCACGAGGUUCGACUGUCUGCUCAGCUCAUGCUGAACCAACUUCUUCAACAACUGCGUAGUAAUACACAGCUCCCGGUUUGUCUGCGCGUGAUCGGAUACUUGCGCAGAAUGGACGUUUUCACCGAAGCCGAGCUGCGUGUCAAGUUCCUGCAAGCCCGUGGAAGUUGGCUGCGCUCUAUUCUUGCCGCAGUCCCGGAUGAAGACCCUUACUUCCACAUUACCAAAACCAUCGAAACCUGCCGUGUGCAUCUCUUCGACAUCAUCACCCAGUAUCGCGCCAUAUUUUCAGACGAGGAUCCAUUGCUGCUGCCCGGUGGUCAGGCGUUGAACGAGAGCGCCAUCUUUCACGGCUGGGUGGUGCAGCAGGCGGCACAGUUUUUGGAGACCCUCGAUCGGGACCUCCAGCGUGGUGUGGGAAGCCGUUUGGACUCUCUGCUCGGCCAGUGCAUGUACUUCGGCCUUUCAUUUAGCCGGGUCGGGGCGGAUUUCCGUGGCCAACUCGCUCCCAUAUUUCAGCAGGUUGCCAUGGACACGUUCCGGAAGGCUGUUCAGGAAGCGGUGGACAAGUUCCAAGAGGAUAUGAACUUGUACACGCUGAUUUCUCUGCCGUCCAUACUUGGAAGCACCAUUCCUCCGGCGGUCCCGAGCACCCAGCCGGGCACACUGCAGCCCCCCAUGGCCCUGCUGGAUUUCCCACCUCUAGCCUGCUUCCUCAAUAACGUCCUGACAACCUUCAAUGACUUACGACUGUGCUGCCCUAUUGGACUCGCACAAGAAGUUAGCAGAUGUGUUGAGGAAGCCCUUAUUAAGGUGACCAAGCUGAUCCUGGUUUUCCAUCGAGCCGAGGUAUCUGCCUUCAGUAGCCGUGAACGGGAUUUAUUUGUUCAAUUCUGCAGUGCAUUUGCUGAAGACAUGGUGCCAUUCGUGAACCGAUGUUUACAAGUUCUCUUUCCUCCAGCCCAGCUUGCUCUCAUGCUAGGUGUCCCUCCAACCCAGGUUUAUAAGUAUGGCAGUCUUGGCUGCAUCAAUGUGAACACAGUUCUGGAGCCGCUGGAGUUUGUUCUGCCCCAGAAGGAGCCCGUGACCUCUGUCCUGGAGCUCUGCACUGAUCUGAGCAGCCUGACCACAGCUGAAUCAGAUCUCUCAACUGCACUCAAACCUGUAACACUUCAAGAAGAAAAGUCUGUCUUCUCUGAACAACAAGAGCCUGUGUCAGCAUCUGAUCUUUCUCAAAUUGAGAACAUUUCUGCUGAAGCGGUCAGUACAGAGCAAAACGCCCCAAGCCAAGAGACUGAAAUGACCAUUGAUGAACAGGACUUAACAGGGCCAGAUGGUUUCUCCACAACAGAUAAUAAUGUUGAGGAGAUGUUGUCAAAAUAAAAAGCACUACAUGCAGUGUGUUUUUAGGGGUCCUAAAUAAUUAAGCUUUGUUUUUAUAGCAAAUAACUAUCUGGACAUACUUUUACCAGGGCUUGGUUCGCAUUUUUAAUUGCAACUUAAUUUUUUUGAUUAAAAAUGGUAUAAUAUAUUUAAGUCAGGGAAAAAUACGUUCUUUGAAUCACGUGUUUUCUAUGAGUUACAAUGGUCCCAAAAAGUAUUGGGACUCUUAAGUCACACUUAAAAUGUCUGAAUGUCUUUGAAAUAGAUAAUAAAUGCCACUUGAGUUUAUAUCUUAUUAAAAAAGAAAGAUGGCACUUUUAAGCAAAACAUUAUACAAAAAGAUGGUGACAUGAUAUAUCUAUAUGAUAUAUCUGUUCAAAAUAAAGACAAAAUAAAUGUUGUUAGAGGUUAGUGGAACAUUCAUAGUUAAUGUGGUGACCUAAACCUGUGGUUUCUCUGCUAGAAAACCUGUAUGAAUUUGAGAACUUGAGACUUCACAUGCAUACUAAAAACCACGGGCGAUUAGCUGGUGAAAUGUCAUUGCAAAAAAAAAAUAAUAAUAAUAAUAUAGUUCUAAGAAAAGCUUGUGCAUCAUUCGUCUACAGAUGAAGCUUAUCUAAUGCAAAGGCAUUAAAACGGGGAUAGUUCAUCCAAUAAUAAAAAUUCUGUCAUCAUUUACAACCCCUCUACUUGUUCCAAAGCUGUGUGAGUUUCUUUGUGGCAUCAGUAUGUACUUUUAAUUUGAUUACGUAUUAGAUUUAACCUGUUGUAUGUUUUUUGUUUGCUCAUAUUUUCUAGUGUGUUUUGGGGGGAAAGUUUUAUUAAAAUUGGAUAAAAAUAUCGAACUGUUCUUUCUGAUAUUCAUUACAAUGAAUCAAGUGUGUUCUGUUUUUCCCACAAAAUAGAGUUUGCUUGGAAUAGCAGAUUGUCUUUGCAAAGUGUCUUUUAUAUCUAGAUCAGAAAAGCAAGUUAUUAAAAGUUAGCACAAAAAUAAGAUUUCCAUUUCACAGUUUCAACUGGUAUGAGGGUAGAUUAUGGAAAAUAUUUUGUGAUACAGAGUUAAACCUAAGGUCAAGAGAAAGAUGAA